AUGUCUGAAUUGAAACCAUCCGAAAUGGCCAAGGUGCCCGACCCUGAAGUAAACAUUGCCGAAAGCACUACGUAUACAGAUCCCGAGGCCGAGAGGUCCUAUGUUAGGAAAAUUGAUUUCAUUGUGCUUCCAACACUAUGCUUGAUGUACUUCUUUGACUGUAUGGAUCGGAGCAAUUUGGCAAAUGCAAAGACAGAUGGUCUGGACAAGGACUUGAAUCUGAAGGGGAAUGACUAUUCCCUUUUGAUUCUGCUCUUCUAUAUUCCCUUUGGGUUGUUCGAUCUGCCAUGGAAUCUUUUGAUUAAAAGAUUUUCAGGCCGACUUAUGCUGUCUAUAAUGUCUUUUGUAUGGGGAGUUCUAGCACUAUGCCAAUGCGCCGCUAAGGAUUUUGGCUCUCUGCUUGCGAUUCGCAUCAUAUUGGGUGUUUUUGAAGCUGGCUUCUUCGCCGGAGCUACCUUCUACCUCACGUUGUUCUAUAAGCGCGGAGAAAUGGGAUUCCGCUUGGCCAUCAUGCAGUCCUUUGCAGUUCUGGCAUCUGCGUUUAGUGGGCUUAUCUCCUUUGGAGCUUUCCAGAUAAACAACCCAGCAGUCAAAGGAUGGCAGUGGUUGUUUAUUAUUGAAGGAUCGAUGACACUACUCACCGGAGCUGUGGCAUUUUUCCUGCUGCCAGAUGGGGUACGAAGCGCCUGGUUUCUGUCUGACAGAGAGAGGGCGGCAGCGACAGCACGUCUGCUACGGGAUACCUCAUCGGAGGUGAAUACUCCAUUCGAUCUCAAGUCUGCCUUUGAGACAUGGAGCGACUGGAAGUUCCCAGUGUGGUGUUUGAUUACCUUCACAUACCCUGUUGCCUAUGCCACUGCAAUGAAUUUCUUCCCGUUGAUUGUCCAACGACUGGGAUACUCUGUCAUCAAGACAAAUCUCUGGACGGUAGCGCCAAAUCUCGUCGGAGCAGUAUUCCUGCUAUGCGUGGCCAAGUCAUCCGACUAUUUCCGUGAACGAACGCUCCACAUUGUCUUUUCCUUGACCGUUUCAUUGAUCGGAAUGAUUAUAUUAAUAGCCAUUGAUGUUCAGAGCAACAAGGGAGUAGCAUACUUUGCUUGUUUCCUAAUGGCAGCAGGAUCAUAUAUUCCAUCGUGUCUCGUCCACGCAUGGCACAACAAUAACAACGUACACGAGAACUCGCGAGCUGCCAAUACGGGCUUUUUUGUAGGACUGGGCAAUAUCGCUGGAGUAUUGAGCGCGGGCACAUUCCGAACUCAAUAUGCACCAAAGUAUCUGCCAACUCUCAUCGCAACUUGUUGUUGCAAUGCAGUUUGCAUUGUCCUUGUUCUCGGAUUGGGAGGCUGGAUGAGAAUGGAAAACCACCGCCGGGAUAGCAAACAGGGACUAACAUUGAGAGAGGACCAGACUGAUACUAGUCAGUUCAAGGAGGGCGAAAAGAGUCCAGAGUGGAGCAAGAGCUUCACGCGUGCGGAGCACCUGCGCCGUCAUGCGCUCAACCACGAACAGGCGCGAAAUGGGUAUACCUGCGAGCGUUGUUCUGUUCACUUUCAACGCUCGGAUUUGCUAGCGCGACAUAUGGAGCGACAUGAGAAACGGGAUCUCGAAGCCGGAGGACCCGGGCAGGGGACAUUGAAGACACGAAAGAGGACCCGGAGAGCUGAGGACGGUUCUAUUAUUGUUCGCCCUUCACAGCGACAAUUGAGGACAGCCGCUGCAGCUAGAUCCCCUAUCUCCGCCAAUAGUUCCAGUCAAGAGCCGGAACUACGAGAUGAGGAAGAGUAUUUCCAUGAUGGUGUCCCCUUGUCACCACCUGGCUCAGGCACUGACCCAACGUCAAUCUCUAUGGAUGACACAGAUCCCUUCCUAGCUUCUUUGGUGCCAGCUGGACCUUUUGAGCAGUAUGUUGAGCCAAUGCCUGGACAGUUUGAUGCGGCGGAUGGAUCUUUUGGUGUUGAGUUGAAUGGUAUUGGCGAUUAUUUUGGAAUGGACACUGCAACCGACUUCAAUCUCCCAUUUGCAGCAACUUCCAACUAUAAUUGGCUCUUCGAUGUAUCCUCGCUCGACGAUGCUUUUCAUCAAUUCAACAUGCCUCUCGGAUUCGACACAGCCCCUAUGUUCGAACAAUUUGAUUCGAAUCCCGCGGAAGUAAUGGAGAAAUAUGAUGGUCCAUCGGCCUUACUCAUGGCGUCAAUUAUGGACAGAGGCGAGAUGUUCGGGGAAACCAACUCACCUGCAGUACCCAGCCUCCCCGACCUGGACUGGAUGUCUGGUGCGGCGACGCUGGAUCCGAAUCCCCCAACGAACCUACCGAGAAUAUCCGAGGAAGCUAGAAAGGGGAUUCUAGCAAUAGUGUCACACGCACAUCCAACAAGCCUUGAUGGACAUCCCACGGUGCUUGACUCGCCGCUCCUGACACUCCCUGCACUCCAGGCAUACUGCGAUAUGUUCUUUGAUCGCUUUAAUACCACAUAUCCUCUGAUCCACCAGCAUACAUUCGACCCAAGCACCGCACCACCAGUGUUCCUCGCCUCAAUUUUGUUCAUGGGUGCGACAUACAGCACGCGCGAGGCCCACCAAUUAGCAGUAGAAGUCCACGAUGUCCUCCGAAGCCAGCUGCUCUGUCAUCCGGAUUUCUCACCACAAGCUGACCUGUGGGUUUUGCAGACUAUGCUUCUGAUAGAUUGUUUCGGCAAGAUGCGAGCUGGACCCAAACAGCGCGAGCGCGCACAGCUGUUCCACUGCGUGUUGAUCAAAAUGAUCAGGCGCAGCAACUGCUGUGGUAUACGCGACUUGUCUAACGUGGAUCAAUCAGGGGAUCUGGAUCAACUGUGGCGACAGACUAUGGAGGAAGAACAGCGUAAGAGAGUAGCCAUACAUUGCUUCAUGUGGGAUACGCAGCAUGCAGUGCUAUUCUCGCAGUCGCUAUCCUGGGGUGCGUCCUCUGCUCGAGAAUGGUCGCAGCACGCCUUCCGAGAAGAGAAUCGCCCAUUCCUUACCGUGUUGAAAGGAUACAUUACACCAGCGGCUGUUGCCCGACCGCGAGAUCUGAAUGUCUUCGCUCGAAUCGUUGUGCUGCACGGGUUAAUGUCUGUAUCUGCGGAUUUAAAACGUCGCGAUCAAACAACCCUACGGUCGGAGACCCCCGAGCGCGUCGGAGCUUGGACGCCGCGUAUGGGUCGGUCCUAUGAUCUGUGGAAAGUUGACUUCGACGCCGAUUGUCUUGCUAUUAAACUUGCUCAGACUGCCAGUCCUCGUCAGUUCACAGGGCUCAAGAUAUCUGGAUAUGCCCUCUACCAUGCAGCGUAUCUCGCGCUGAAUGUGGAGGUGCUCGAUUUGCAGAUUGUCGCUGGUGCGUGUCAGAUCCUCGGCCGCACAGUGACUGAGGCUGAUCAGGCACGGUCGCUGCGUAACAUUACGAGGUGGCUGCAGGAGGAAUCUGGGCCAUCUUGUACGACUGCGCGACAAGCGGCAUCUUUACUCCAAGAUGCAGUGUUGAGUCUUCAUGACUGGGACCAGGCAGAUUCCUUCCAUUUCCCUUGGUGUUUGUAUCUAUGCACAUUGGCCUGCUGGGUUUUCCAUCGUGGACCCAAUCUUACCUCUGAGGAGAACCGAGUGAACACCGAUCUGUCUUCUUUGAUCGUGAUGCUAACGAAUUGUCCCAGUUUACCAGAGCUAGCGGCUCUAUCUGGCAAAUACUGCCCUCGCCCUCUUGCAGCGGCUAUGGCUAAACAACUAGCGACAGUCCGAUGGGCCGUUGUUCACGAUGCUAUGAAAGUUUUGAUGAGAUUGUCAUGA